AUUUAUAAAAUCAAUGAUAAAGAUGGCGCCACUUAAAAUCCCAAACUUAACCCUACUUUUGGUUUGGUGCAUUUUUAAGCCGGGUUUAUUUCUCAAAUAACACAUUUUCUGCAUUAAUAAUCAUAAAGAAUGGCUGCUGCGGCCGCUGCUGCCGCUCAAUCGGGUAUGUUAUACGGCGGAGAUGAAAUAGGGGCGUUAGUUUUUGACCCAGGUCAUCAUUCUUUGCGAGUUGGGUACGCUCAAGAAGAUACGCCAAAAGCGGAAAUUCCCGCCGUCGUUGGUGUGGCCCCAGUUGCUAAACUCGAACCAGAAGCGAAACAAGAUCCUACCAAUAUCAGUCAAACACCAUCGUCAUGGAAGUUUUAUAUCGAUACAACGUUUUUACAUACUCCUCGCCCCAGCAUGGAAUUACAUAGUUACAUGAAAGAAGGGAUGAUUGAGAAUUGGGAUUUCUUCGAAAAAGUAAUUGAUUAUUCUUAUGAAAAAAUCAUCCAAUCAGGUUCUGAGUACCACCCGGUUUUAUUUUCCGAAUCCCCAUGGAAUAAUCGUUUAAAACGUGAAAAAUUGACUGAGAUAAUGUUUGAAAAGUACAAAGUUCCGGCGUUCUUUUUGGUUAAAAACGCGGCGUUAGCUGCUUUCGCAAAUGGAAGAUCGACGGCUUUAGUUAUCGAUAGCGGGGCAACUCACACAACCGCCGUUCCCGUUUUGGACGGUUAUGUUAUUAAUAAUGCUGUUGUUAAAUCACCGUUGGGUGGAGAUUAUUUAAUUUUACGUGCCAAGGAAAACCUUGAGUCCCAAAAUAUUGAUUUAACCCCCGCUCCGUUAAUUGCAAAUAAAGAAGUUGUUCGAGAUAAAGAAAAACCUAAAUUUACGAAAAAAGCUUUACAAUUUACCCCAACAAAUAGUUGGAUGGUUUAUAUGGUUAAAAGAACUGUACAAGAUUUUCAACAAAGUAUUUUACAGGUUUCUGAAUCUCCUUAUGACGAAAGAAUUGUCGGUAGUAUACCUGCUGUUCAUCAUGAAUUCCCAUCGGGGUACCAUCAAGAUUUUGGCUCAGAACGUUUUCGUUUGGCGGAAGGAUUAUUUGAUCAUAAUUUAUUAGGGGCAGGAAAUAUUGCGAUUACAAGCGCAAAUAUGUGCGAUGUUGAUGUUCGACCAGCUCUUUAUAGUUCAGUCGUAUUAACAGGAGGAAAUUCUUUAGUACAGGGUUUUAGUGACAGAUUAAAUAAAGAUUUACAAUCGAAAACACCCGGUUCGAUGCGUUUAAAAAUGAUAGCAGCUAACGGUACUGUGGAAAGACGUUUUGGGGCUUGGGUGGGAGGUUCGAUUUUAGCCUCGAUAGGAACAUUCCAACAAAUGUGGGUUUCUAUGCAAGAGUAUCAAGAAUCUGGUAAAGUUCAAAUAGAUCGCAAGUGCCCUUAAACGAUUUGAAUUUAUUCUAAAACAAAAUCUUUAACGAGGUUUUGAUUAAUGGUUUCAUUUUGUUUUGUAUUUUAAUUUUAAUUAUAAGUAUAAAAUAUGUGUUUUAAUGUUGUGUAUGACUGAAAUUGAUAAAAAAUUUUAAAAGUGGGUCUUGACAUAAUGAAGCUUGACAUAAUUAA